AUGAAACUGCUGAUCGCAAUUUGUGCAUUGCUGUCCCUUGCGGUGGCUCUGCCUCAGAGAAAAAUAUCUCUUAAAACUGAGCCAGAGGCUGAUGACCAGAUACCUGCAGAGCAGAAUUACAAUAACUACCAACAAGCUGACUACAGACAACAGCCUCAGCAGCAAGAGUACAGACAAAAAAAUCAAAUUGAUGAUUUCAGGCCCAAGGUUCAAUUGGAAACUACAACAUAUAUCCCUAUUAUUCGUUUUGAUAAAGAGCAAGCCAAUGAUGGAAGCUACAAAACUUCGUAUGAAACUGGCAACAACAUCCAAGCUUCUGAAGAAGGUUACCUGAAGCAUCUUGGCGACGACCUGAACGCCCUUGUGCAAACCGGUUCCUACAGCUACACUGCGCCUGAUGGUCAAAUCAUUAAUGUGGAAUACACUGCUGACGAAUUCGGAUUCAGAGUCAAGGGCGAUCACAUUCCUACUCCUCCUCCCGUCUCUCCUGAAAUCCAGAAAGGUCUCGAUUUAAUCUACGCAGGAAUCAAAGCUAAUGAGGAGCGUGCUGCCUUAGAAGCUAAGAACAACCCCCAGGCUGCCAGAGAACAAGAGGAUAGGGCAGCUCUUGACUACAAAGGUACUUACUAUCAACAGUAA